AGGGUUUGCGUUUGCGUUUGCGUUUGCGUUUGCGUUUGCGUUGCGUCGCGUUGCGUUGUGUUCCGUUUUAUGGCAGAUAAGCACUCCAGGCGCUGCGUCCCUCGGUCCCUGUGAUCAGCUUCAUCAAGCUUCCAUUCGGAGCCUCUAAGUAGCGAAGCCAAUGCUCGUCUCAUGAAAUAAAAUCGCCUACUAAUUCUUUCUGUCGUUCAGCCGAUUUCGACCUUACUGUAUUCUGCUUGUUUCUGCUAAAUCCGGAACCUCCCUCUGCUAGGGAGAGUAGCAUGGAUCUGCUGCUGCAAUCCUCCUCCGUCCGCCGUCCCCCUUUCCCCGCAGGACCGACCAAAUCGGGGACUUCAGGAGGAGUAUCGUGCCUUACCUUUAAUAUCAACCCAAAGGCCUAUGAUAGCGGUUUCACUUCGUCAUCUUCCUCUCGCCAAAGGCUCGCGCGCUUCGGCGGAAAUUUCGAUCCCCGGGCAGAUCGCGCCUUAGUCUCACUUACCUCGCGCCGGCCUGUUCCUGUAGUUCCUAGUUUCCGCAAUUCGAGAAGUCAGCCCGGGCGAUCUUCUCUCGUUACUGUCACACGCUCAGCGUACCACGACGAGUCUAGAGUCACAGGCGGCGCGGGUACCGCCGCCGGCGUUAGCGGUGGCAGCAGCAGCGCCACGACCGAUGUAAGGCGCGACUUAAUAUCCGAAUUAAGGAGCGAUGCGCAAAGCAGGGGUCGUAGCGGCCGUAGCAGCCGUAGCGCCGUCGAGUGGCAGCGCGACAAGAAGGGGCGCGGCGGGCAAUGGCGGCUGCGACGGCUGCACGGGGAGGGGGCGAAGGGGAUGAAAGGCGCGGGGGAGAGGGGCGUGGGGGAUAGACGGCGGAAGGAGGAGGGAAGGCGGACGGAGGAGGCGGGAGCACAGCAGGGCGUGGACGAUGUUGUCGCAAAGGCUGUAGCAGAUGCGGCCGCUAUUAAGGCUGCUACAACCGGGGUUUCGUCUGUCGCUGCACGCAAUGCCGCUCCUGGCGCUACAAACGACAACUUUUCCUCUGGCGCUACAGCCGACAUUUUGUCCAACGAAGCGGAUGGCUCAGUUACCCUGCCAUCGUCUCCUGUCUCAACCGGUCCUGUCUCCGCUCCUGUCUCUCCCCCUGUCCCGAUCCCUGGCCCUGUAUCUUCUCCUUCCGCCCCCUCCAUUCCUCCUCCUGCUGCUCCCAGUGAGACCACCCGCGAAGUUUCCUUCCAUGUACCAGUCACUGCAGCUGCAGAGCCCUCGGAAGCUUCUGGUAAGUUGGGUCUAGAAAGCGAACGCGGUGAAGGAGUGCCACGUGGCGAAGGGCUAGUGGCUGAGGUUGGGGUUCCCGCAGGAAGGGUUGCUGAGGAGAGAGGGAGUGAGAUUUGGAACUCCCCUUUGCCAGGAGGUGGAUGGCUGUGGGCGGCUGCUUUUGUCGUCAGCGCUGCUACAGUGGCGUGGAUCUGGGGACGAGCGGGUGGGAAGAAGGAGAAGCAGAAAGAAAAGCUGCAGGAGCAGGGAAAGCGGCUUGUAACGGGUGAUGGGACUGGCAAUAAGGAGGACGGAAUGACGUGGAAGGAGUGGGAGAAGGAAAAGAUAAAAGAAAAGAAGGUGGAAGGGUGGAGGAGGAGGGGGGAGCAGGAAAGAUUGGAGCGAGAGAGAGCAGAGAGAAUGAUGAAGAGAUGGGAGGGGGGCGAGGAGGGGGUAGAGGGGCGAAGUGGGGAAGGUGGUAAUGAGGCAGGGUUCGGGGUUUAUGUGGGGGUUCAGGGGUUAGGGGGAGCGGGGGCCGAGGAGAUGAGUGGUGGGAAGGUGAAUGGUGUGGCUGGGCGGGAUAGAGGAGGGGAAGUGGAUGUGAUUGUAGAGGGGGAUUGGGAGGGUUUAGGGGCAAGGGGAAGGGAAGAGGGGAAGUGGAGGGAAGAGGGGAGGUGGAGGGAAGAGAGAGGUGGUGAUGUGGUUGAUGUGAGUGCUGAGGUGACUGAGAGGAAGGAGGAAGGAGGUAAAGAGGGCAGUGGCAAAUCAGGAAGCAGAGAAGGGGUUGUAGUAAAGAAGCAGCAGCAGGAAGAAGGGGAAGAAGCGGAGAUGGAGGAGGGGGAGGAGAAGGGAGAGGAGCAGAAGGAGAAUGGGGAGGGGGAAGCGGAGGAGCGGCGGCGGCAGGAAGCCAUGGCUGAGAUCCGCAAAAGCGCGGACUUGGUGAGACGGCAGGAGCGGGAGGAGAGGGAGGAGAGGGAGAGGCAGAGGAAGAUCAGCGCGGAAAUGCAGAAGCUGCUGUUGGAGAGGAGGAGAAGAGGCGAGGUGGUUACUAAGCAGGUGCUGGAGCAGGUGUGGGACGAGGCGAGUGCGGCCGUGCUGGGGAGAAAGGUGGGGCGGGGGGGAGGGGGGGUGAUGGAGUAUGAGGAGGAGGGGGAAGAGGAGGACGAUGAGGAGGAGGAGGAUGAGGUGGAGGAGGGUGGGGAGGGAGAGGAAGAGGAAGAGGAGGAGGAUGGAGCAGGAGAACGAAGAGUAGCAGCUAAAAUCAGCAGCGGUAGUAGCACUACCAAGAGAGCACGGGCUCGCAUAAUCACUUCACUCCCACCUGCUGCCGCUGCUGCUGCUGCUGCUGCUGCCGCUACUCCAGUUGCUUCUGCUGUUACUUCUGCUGCUGCUGCUGCUGCCGGUGGUGAUACUACACCAGCCACUGCUGGCAGUGCUGCUGGUUCUGCUGCUGCUGCCGCUACUGCUGCAUCUGUUGCUCCCGAGACUUCCCCUGCUCUUGCUGUUGCUGCUGAUGGUGCUGGUGUUGCUGCUGCUGCUGCUGCUGCUCCAGUUGACAAUGCUGCUGCUGCAGCGGCAGGGGAGGGUAGGAAGCGGCGCAGAGUGCGGGUGAUUACAACGCUGCCCAGAGACACUGUAACGAGUGCUACUACUGUAACAGGUGGCUCUGUGGCGAGUCCGAGUGUAGCAGGUAGCACGUCUGCUGCCAAAGAUGAUGAUAGCACCGUGGAUGGGGGAAAAGGCAGCGCGAGAACAGCAGCAGCAGCAGCAGCAGGUGGGGAAGGAGAGAACAACAAGGAGCAGAGGGGAGUGGAUGGGCGGAGGGAAGUAGAGGAGCAGAGGGAAACGGAUGUGCAGAUGGGCCUAGAUAAGCAGCAGAGCGACCUAGGCAAGCAGCAGAGGGAGCUGGCGGACGCUAAGAGGAGAGUGAGGCAGAGAGCAGGGUCUGCUGCGCCGUGGGUUACGGACGAGCGGCUGGUAACCCUAGUGGCGCGCGUGAUGCUGAACGACGAGGGGGGGCGGGACUCCAUGCACGGGCUGAGUCAAGACGAGCAGGAGACGUUCUUUGACGCGCUCAAUACGCUGUAUGGGGACGGCAGCAACGGGUUCGGCAAUAAGGGGGAUGAAGUGUCUGGCUUGGUUGAGAACUUAGAAUAUGGCAGAGACGGCAUCUCUGUGGAUGACCCUAUGGAUAUGGUGGUGCCGAGAAUGAGAGGGAGUGGUGGAGGCAACAACGGCCUGGGCACAGCACCAUCGGCAUCACCAGCUGCUGCAGCAGCAGCAGCAGCACCACCACCACAAUCGGCAACAUCAGCUGCAUCACCAGCAGAGUAUUCGCCUGCAGCACAGCCCCCACAGGCUCUCUUCGAAGCAGCUAAUGCGGCUGGCAGAUUAGCGGAUGGCCCCACAGACGAGUUUCUGGUGCAGGCAGUGUCGCAGUACGUGAACAAUCCUGGUACAAGCACGUUCAUUGACGAUGGUAGUGCGGGAGAGAGUGAGAGUGAGAGUGUGGCUGUGAGCGGUGGGAGUGGGUUCGAGGAGGGAGGAGAGAGUGUGGUGAUGGGUAGUGGGGGUGGGAGGGGAGAGGGAGGAGGAGAGAGUGUGGUAAUGAGUAGCCCUAAAGGCAUGGCUGGCCGCCAAAACUGGCCGUCUCCAGAAGUGGCACAGGGAGGGAGAGCAGGCAGAGCGGCUGGGAGCGGUGAGGACGGGUGGAGCAACACCAAGCGCUGGGCAGAGGACAUAAGAGCAAGGUACGAGCAGGAGAAAGAUCCUGAUGUGAGGGAGGUUAUUCAACAGCUAGGGAAAGACCUCCCUAGUUGGCUAUCAGAGGAAGAAAUUCAAUCUGCCCCUACUCUCUCGCAGCUUGUAGCAGCAGGGAAGGGAGGGGGGGAUCCGAAGCAGCGGGCAGCAGUGAAAAGUUUCCUCAAGAAGGUUCGGGAGGAGAAGGAGAGGUUUGGCGCCGAAGCUGUGGCGGAGAAGUAUCUGGAGCAGGCUCGGGAUGCGGAGGAGGAGGAGGCUCGGAGGAGGGGUGUGGUUCGGCCAGACCUGGAUCGGUUGUGGUGGCUGGACCUUCAGGCUGUGUGGGUUGUGAUGAUAAUGAGAUGGAGCAGCAGCAGCAGCAGCAACAACAACGGUCAGCAUGUGCAGAGAGUGCCCUACUCGUUCCAGCUCCCCCCCGACUGGGGCUCUGACCGCUACACCGGUGCCACUGCUGCUGCUGCAGCAGAUGAUGCGUGGAUAGUGGUGGGGUUUGAAGACGUGGUGGAUGCAGCGCGGUUCAGUGAGGUGCUGCGCGUGUGGCUGCUGGCUCACCCAGAGGAGCUCGAGGGGGAAGGAGAGGAAGAGGAGGAGGGAGAGGCGGCUGGUGGUGUGGCAGUGGAAGUGAAAGCAGUGCCGUGCGCGCCCAAUGAGCUCUACUCAAGCGCGAAGGACGCAGGGCAUAGCAUUCUGGUGUUGCAGCGGCAGCAGCUGCAGCUGUCGGCUAUCGACGAGCCUUUCCCUGAGGUCCUGGCGAGGCUGUGCGACGCUGCUGCUGCUGGGGAGGACGGGAGGACGGGAGCCCGAGGGCCGUCGACGGUUGAUCUUGGACCGUUGAUCGCUCGUGCUGGGAGGAGUGGAGAAUGGCGGUAGGCAGUGAUCGCAUGAGCCUUUACCUGACGUCCUGCAAGGCAGCGUGAUGCUGCUUCGUCUGGGGAGGACAAAUGAGCCCAAUGAGCCUUAACCUGACGCCCUGGCAAGGUUGUGCAGUGUGCGAUGCUGCUUCUAGGGAGGAUGGACGGAGAAGAGCCGGAGACUGUUGUUUGUUGGUGCAGGGAGGAGUGAGAAAGGCGGUAGAUGGGAGAGAUAUGUUGUACUUUAAAAUCGCUAAUCAUUCAGUUGAUGGGUAACGCAUUUUAGGACGCUGCUGGUGCUCGUGCCGCAAUGCAGAACAAUAGUUAUCCC